CGGAGGGGCGCGGGCUCCGCCGCAGGUUUGUGUGCAGAGAAGGGGCCUCGCGUCUUUUCUUCUCCUCCGGCGGGGCUGUCAGUGAUGUCAUGCGGAGGCAGCCGCCGCGGCGGGGGGAGGAGGCGCUGCAGGUUCAUGUGUAUGUAAUGAAAAGGCAGUUGACAAGCUGCCAAAACGCACGAGAGAGAGAAACUGGACCCACUGGAUUUCGCAAAGCGAGUCGUCAUCUGCAGCAGCUCCAUGGCGAGGGAGGAGGGAGCGGCGGCCCCGGCCUCUGCUGCUUCAAUGUGAACCCCCGAGCCAGGGGUGGGGGAUCCUAGGGGGGGCACAGGCCAAAUACAGCCUCCCGCGGCGCGCGAUCGCUUCCCCCCUCGCCGGGAUUUACCCUCCGCGCGGCGGCGGCGGCGAGGGCAGCGGCCAUGAACUCCGCGGAGCAGACCGUUACAUGGCUGAUCACCCUGGGCGUGCUGGAGUCGCCCAAAAAGACCAUCUCGGACCCCGAGGGGUUUUUGCAAUCGUCUCUGAAAGACGGGGUGGUGCUGUGCCGGCUGCUGGACCGCCUGCUCCCGGGCACCAUCGAUAAAGUUUAUCCGGAGCCCCGGACCGAGAACGAGUGUCUGAGCAACAUCCGCGAGUUCCUGCGCGGCUGCGGCGCCUCCCUCCGCCUGGAGACUUUUGACGCAAAUGAUCUGUAUCAGGGACAGAACUUCAGCAAGGUUCUCAGCUCCCUAGUUGCUCUAAAUAAAGUAACUGCAGACAUUGGACUAGGAAGUGAUUCCGUAUGUGCACGACCUUCAUCUCAUCGGAUAAAAUCUUUUGAUUCCCUUGGAUCCCAGUCUUUGCACAGUAGAACUUCAAAACUCUUUCAGGGACAGUAUCGAAGUUUGGACAUGACAGAUAACAGCAAUCAUCAGCUGGUGGUGAGAGCAAAAUUCAGUUUUCAACAGACCAAUGAAGAUGAACUUUCUUUUGCUAAAGGAGACAUUAUUCAUGUUACGAGAGUGGAAGAAGGAGGCUGGUGGGAAGGGACUCACAAUGGCAAAACAGGAUGGUUUCCUAGUAACUAUGUCCGAGAAAUAAAAUCAAAUGAAAAACCAGUCUCCCCCAAAUCAGGAACACUGAAGAGUCCUCCCAAAGGUUUUGAUACGUCUGCAAUUAGCAAAAGCUAUUACAAUGUGGUGCUACAAAAUAUUUUAGAAACAGAAAAUGAAUAUGCUAAGGAACUACAGACAAUGCUUUCAAACUACUUGCGACCGUUACAAGUCAGUGAAAAAUUAAACUCUGCAAAUACUUCAUAUUUAAUGGGAAACCUGGAAGAAAUCAGUUCUUACCAGCAGAUGCUUGUACAGUCAUUAGAAGAAUGCACCAAGUUGCCUGAAGCUCAGCAAAGGGUCGGCGGAUGCUUUCUAAAUUUAAUGCCACAAAUGAAAAACUUAUACCUUGCAUACUGUGCCAACCACCCGUCAGCAGUAAAUGUUCUCACAGAACACAGUGAGGAACUAGGAGAAUUUAUGGAAAUGAAAGGUGCCAACAGCCCUGGGAUCCUUGUAUUGACCACUGGCCUCAGCAAACCUUUCAUGCGCCUGGAUAAAUACCCCACGUUACUCAAAGAGCUUGAAAGGCACAUGGAGGAUUAUCAUCCUGAUCGACCAGACAUUCAGAAAUCCAUGACAGCCUUCAAAAACCUUUCCGCACAAUGUCAAGAAGUACGGAAAAGAAAAGAACUUGAACUCCAAAUACUGACAGAAGCCAUCCGCUGCUGGGAGGGAGAGGACAUUAAAACAUUGGGCAAUGUAAUUUACAUGUCCCAGGUCAUGAUUCAGUGUGCUGGAAGUGAGGAAAAGAAUGAAAGAUAUCUUCUUCUCUUCCCUAAUCUUUUGCUUAUGUUGUCUGCCAGCCCUAGGAUGAGUGGGUUUAUCUAUCAGGGAAAACUGCCAAUGACAGGAAUGACCAUCACAAAGCUAGAAGACAGUGAAAAUCACAAAAAUGCAUUUGAAAUAGCAGGAAAUAUGAUUGAGCGGAUAUUAGUAUCAUGUAACAACCAACAAGAUUUGCAUGAAUGGGUGGAUCAUCUGCAGAAGCAAACCAAAGUUACAACUGUUGGGAAUCCCACUAUUAAACCUCAUUCUGUGCCAUCUCAUACCCUUCCUUCUCAUCCAGUAACACCAUCCAGCAAACAUUCAGACAGCAAACCAAUACCACUGACUCCUGCAUACCACACGCUUCCACAUCUUUCACAUCAUGGGACUCCACAUACCACUAUAAACUGGGGACCUCUGGAACCUCCUAAAACUCCCAAACCUUGGAGCUUGAGCUGUUUACGACCUGCACCUCCACUACGGCCUUCAGCAGCUCUCUGUUAUAAAGAGGAUCUCAGUAAAAGCCCUAAAACCAUGAAAAAGCUGCUUCCCAAGCGCAAGCCUGAACGGAAGCCAUCAGACGAAGAGUUUGCACUGAGAAAAAGUACAGCUGCAUUGGAAGAAGAUGCUCAGAUUCUUAAGGUCAUUGAAGCGUACUGCACAAGUGCCAAAACGCGCCAAACACUAAAUUCAACAUGGCAAGGCACUGACCUGAUGCAUAAUCACGUCUUGGCUGAUGAUGACCAAUCAAGUCUAGACUCCUUGGGUCGUCGCAGUAGCCUUUCUCGUUUGGAGCCUUCAGACCUCUCAGAAGACUCUGACUAUGACAGUAUAUGGACAGCCCAUAGUUACAGAAUGGGGUCUACAUCUCGUUCCCGUAAAGAGUCUGCUCCCCAAGUGCUGCUUCCAGAGGAAGAGAAAAUUAUUGUAGAAGAAACAAAAAGCAAUGGUCAGACUGUGAUCGAAGAAAAAAGCCUUGUUGAUACAGUAUAUGCAUUAAAGGAUGAAGUACAGGAAUUACGACAGGAUAACAAAAAGAUGAAGAAAUCUUUAGAAGAAGAACAAAGAGCUCGCAAGGACCUGGAAAAGCUUGUUAGGAAAGUGUUAAAGAACAUGAAUGAUCCUUCUUGGGAUGAAACCAAUUUAUAACUAAUUUACCAUUGUUUGUUUCUUUCUAUUGAAAGACCAGUUGUCAAAUCACGCUGGGAAGCCUUCUGACUAGUCAGUGUUGCUUCAAGAGCACUACAAAGCAGGAUUUAACUGGAUCUAGUGAUUGUUUUUGCUUGUAACGUAUACAAACAAGUCAAACCUUUCAACUGAAGCAAUCUAUAAGUGUGGAGACCAUGGAUCCUGAACUUUACAAAACUUAAUUUGUUUUCAUCUAAAUUACCUCAUUUUGCAGAAUGUGCAGCAGCUGACUAAAAGUCCAUGUUUUUCAGUGGCUUUUUAAUUAAAUAUAUAUAUUUUUCUUGUAAAUAUCUGUAAUUUUGAAUGCCUACGUGAUUGAUGUAUCAGGGCUGAUACAAUGUUAUACUGUACUUUUCCCCCAUUAUUAUAAUUGUCACAAGUUUUAGAAAUAACAGUACACUCUCACCUCAGAAAGAUCAGAGUUCUUUGAUGCUGUGUUUGGAUCAUUUGUAGGUUUGUUUCAAAUUACCCUACUCAUAUCACAUGCACAAAUCUACAAAACCUAUUUUUUCUUAUUGACCAAUGUAUUUAAAUCAUUUAAUUAACAUUAUUUAUGUCUGUGCAAACAUUUAAACACAGUUUUAAAUGCUUUUCAGUAUUAAAUCAAAAAAAGAUACAAUAAAUUGUGGAUUGACACCAUUUUUUGUUUCAUUCUAAUGGCCCCAUGACAUAUUUAUUUACACUUGUUUGGAGCACUACUAAUAUACAACACUAUUUUGGCCAAUUAAAGACUGAUGUCCUUGCUUGCUUUUUUAUGACUGAUUUUUAGGUGUUUAUGUACUACAUUUUCUAUUGUUGUGCAUGUACUUUAAUUUACACUGGCUGAUAAUUUCAAAAAAAAAAAAAUCCUAAUCUCAAUUUUGUGAAUAAAAAUGCUAUUUAUUUUAUGGUCACGAUAAUCAAACAAACUAAAUAGGCCACUCAGGUUAGGCCAGCCUAAUUCUGUUCUUCCUUUAGUAGGCAGGAUAUUUUUAUUCAGAACACCCUCAGUGGAAGAAUAGUCUGUCGGUCCCCAUCCCCUUCUCUUAUCACAUGUAAAACAAUAUUGUUUCCAUCACAGCAUGAAUAAACAAAAGAAAAUUUAGAAAUAAGGUUUGUAUUUACAAUUGGCCUUUUUGUGGCAUCUGUUAUACUAAUAAGUGUGUUUUGUAAUUUGUAGCUCUGGCAGAUUGGAAGCUCAGCAAUGCAUCCAGUAGGCACCACUAAAAACAUUCAUCCCGUAGGUUUUAUAACGGCAGUAAAUGCAGUGUCUUCCUAGAUUUAGAAUAGAAGACACUACAGAACUGCAGCUGGUGCCCUUUUUAAGGAUCUUAUUCAAAGCUCAUUGAAGUUAAUAGUAAGACUCCCAUUGACUUCAAUAAGCUUUGGAUCAAGCACUAGGAGACACAAAUUUCUGCUCUGUUUUAGUCAUCAGAUUAGAGGAGAGAGGUGUAUCCUCCUCUCACGUGAUGUGUUCCAACUCUCUCUGGUCUUUUUUUCAGCGGACAGCAGCCAGAAAUGGAGGUACAGCGUAACCACCUGUACAUCAGGUUCAAGCACUGGCUUUAUCAUUGUUAUAAAAAAGGCCUUAACCUUUACUCAAGUUGUUCCAUGACUUUAGUGGUACUUAUUGUAGCCCUGAUUCAGCAAAGCACUUAAGCGUGUGGUGAACUUUUAAGCUUGGACUUACGUCCCACUGACUUCAAACUGACGUAAACGCUUAAGGUCUUUGUUGAAGCAGAGCCCAAAUGAAGGCAAAUAGAAUUAAUUUGUUUCUUGUUUACAUUUAUUACUCAUUAAUAUUUUUAUCUGAUAAACCAUUUUAAAAGUAGAAUGGAUGGUGUUUCUCACAAUUUUUCAUAGGGCUCAUGCACUGUUAUGUCCUAUUUUAGCAAGAUGACUGUUAGAGUUCGCUCUGAAAAGUCCAUUUUAUCUACAAACUUCAUUUUUCAUAUACAAUUUUCAAUUAAUCUCUGUUGAAAAGUAAAUUUUCAAAUUGCUUGUCCGAGAAAAAUGGAUGGAGAUUCUUUUAACAAUAGAUAGGUUAAAAAUACCAUCACUUAACAAUACAAGGGAUUAAAUUAAUAGCUUCGGAACCUAAUGUUAGGGAUCUGCAUGUCCAUUUAGAUCCCUAAGUGACCAUUUUAGACAUCUAAAUAUAUUUUUAGGUACUUAAUUCCAUGUGCUCACAUUUGAAAAUUGGUCCCCUGUCCCAUAUUCUUAAAGGAACAGAUUGAGAAAAAGUUAAAGCAUUCAGGUGUGUGAGAGAUUUUUAGAUAUCUUCCCAAAGGCUCACUACUAAUUACAAUGUCUUAUCUUGAAGUUAUUUCCUGUUGCUGAAUUCAAACCAAAAUGUUGGGCUGAUAUAUUUAAUUAGUCUUUUUUGUUUAGCAGAAUUUAUAUCAAUACUUUAAAAAGAGUAAGCUAAGUGAUGCUAAACAUCACAAAUUCAUCAUGUUUUUUCCUGAAUUUAGAUUUGGGAAUAGCAAUGCGAUUUGAGUUUUGUUCAGGUAUGCUGAAGUUGUAAAGUUCAGGCAUUGAAAUCCAAGUGACUUACUCAGCCGUUAUUUUACUGUGAAUUUUAAUUUUCUGUUGAGUACCCGUGAAAAGACAUUCCAGAGGAAAGACAAAGGAAGACAUUUAAUCUAGCGGCAUCUAGCAAAUUUUAACUCAGGAACAACUUCCAUCAUAACAUGAUCUUAUUUUACAUUGUAUUGUAAAGAGUAGCAUUGCUGUGUAAAUUUGCUGAAAGUACAUGUGAGCUCUAAUGAUGAUUUUUACUUUAACAGUACCCCCAUAUUGGUAUCUUACUGAAUAUGCCUUUGAUAUUAGAAUUAAGCAGUUAAUAUGAUCAUGAUUUAAUGACUGGUUGAUUAAAAUGAAUUGGGAUGAGGAAAUUGGUAUUAAAAAACAAGAACAACAAAAGGCUAAUACAGUAUGUUGCAUUUUGUCCUUAGCUCUACAACAGAGAGCAAGAUCAGGGUUUUGGGGACCAAGGAAUGGCUAGAUAACUUUUUUUCUUCUAAAAUUUGUUAUACUGUAUAAAGAUUGUAAAUUUCACUGUGUGACCUUCUGAAUUGUUGGGAACAUACGCAUGGAUAAAUGGGGCACUGUUAUUUAACUUAUUAAAGGGUUGUUUCUUUGCUCUCAUCAUUUAGGGAUGAGGAAGUGAAGCCAUUUCUUAUCCUAUAGAUGUGAAGCACUUUCAGUUCUAAACUGUUCAAAAAUGUAGCAUAACAUUACUGUGUACUUAAAAUGAUGUAUGUGCUUGUUUGUUUCACCAUAUCAUGACAUCUUAAAAAUUAAACAACUGACUGCCUUUGUAUAAACCUUCUUUAUGCCAAUCAUUUAAGGAAUCUAGGGUAUCCAUUUACAAUAAUUGUGGAGAAAUUCAACCAUAGACUAGAUCACAGAUAAUGUCCUGAUACUGA